AUGAAGAAUUUGCAUAUCAACCUCCCUUUUCUUGAAGUUGUGACACAAAUUCCAUCUUACUCCAAGUUCCUCAAAGAUAUUCUCACCAACAAGAGGAAUCUCAAUGAUGAGCUUAUCACCCUUCCACAUCAAGUGAGUGCUCUUGUCCAACAUAAGAAGCCCAAGAAGGAAAAAGACCCGAGAUGUUUCACUUUGUUGGUAAAAGUUGGGAACAUGGAAGCUAGGGGCACCGUAGUCGAUCUUGGAGCAAGUGUUAGUUUAAUCCCUCUAUCCAUUGCUCAAAAACUCAAUAUAGGAAUGAUCCCUACACGGAAGACAAUUAAAUUGGCCGAUCGGUCGGUGAAAUUACCUUGUGGAGAGCUUGAGGAUGUUCCAAUUCAAGUGAGAUACAUCUACGUGCCGUAUGACUUUGUAGUGAUGGAUAUGGAGGAAGAUGUUAAUACUCCUUUGAUUUUGGGACAUGAAGCUCUUAAAACUUUGGGGGCGGUCAUCAAAUGCAAGAACAACAUUAUCACAUGUGAGGUGGCCGAUGAGAAGAUUGUCUUUGAGUUUUCUAAGUUGCUCAAGACCCCCAUGGUUGAAAAAUGCUAUAGAGUUGAUUUUGUGAAUAAGGAGCUAGAUCGCUUGGGGAAGGUCGUGAUGAGGCCUCAAGAUCCAAUAAUAGCAGCUCUUACAUGCAAAGAAGAUUUUCACUCUCAAGAGGCUAAAGAGUUUGUCAUGGCAAUUGAGGAAUCCUCAAAGGAGGAGGUUGAACAACAAGUUGAGAUCGAGCUUGAGUCCAAGGAGGAGAAGUUGGAGGAGAGUUAUAGCAUUGAUGAUAUCAAAGGUAUUAGGCCUUCUUUAUGCAUGCAUCGUAUUCAUCUUGAAGAUGAUCAUUCAACCUCCAUUGAACCUCAAAGAAGGUUGAACCCCAACCCUCAAAAGGUUGUGAAUAAUGAAAUUUUGAAACUACGUGAGGCGGGCAUCAUCUAUGCUAUCUCUGAUAGAAAAUGGGUUAGCCCGGUUCAUGUAGUUCGAAAGAAGGGUGGAAUGACCAUAUUCAAGGAUGAAAAGAGAGAGGAAAUCUCCACUCGGACGGUUGAUCCGGCCAAAGGUUCGGUGAUUGAAAAGUUGCCCCCUCCUACUUCCAUCACGGGGGUACGAGCUUUUCUUGGGCAUGCCGGUUCUUACCGGAGGUUUAUCAAAGAUUUUUCAUCAAUCGCCAAACCUUUGACCGAAUUACUCAAAAAGGAGGUUGUUUUUAGCUUCAAUAAGGCUUGCCUUGAGGCAUUUCGUAAGCUCAAGGAAGCCCUCAUUUCUUCUCUUGUUGUGCAAGCUUCGGAUUGGAGCUUGCCUUUUGAGCUAAUGUGCGAUGAUAGUGACUUUGCAGUAGGUUCCGUUCUUGGUCAAAAGAAAGAAGGAAAAUCAUGUGUCAUCUACUAUGCAAUUAUUGUGUACACGGAUCACAUCGCGGUGCGAUAUCUCAUGACCAAGAAAGAAGCAAUGCCUCGCUUGAUCCGUUGGUUUCUCUCUCUCCAAGACUUUCACAUGGAAAUGAGGGAGAAAAAGGGAGCGGAGAACUAUGUAGCGGAUCAUUUGUCUAGGAUACCUUUUGAGAACAAGGAGGAUAUACCGAUUAAUGAUGAGAUAGGAUUCGAGGCUCUCAUGGCUAUGGUGUCAACUUAUACCCCUUGGUAUGCGGAUAUAGCAAACUAUCAUGCUUGUGGAGUCGUUCCCCCGGAGUUUUCUUCUCAAUAA